AUGGCAACCGUGCUUCUCAUCCUCGACGUUCAAAACGGGGUGAUCAACCGCCUCGAGAACACAGCACCCUAUCUCGACCGUCUGGCAUCAACCGUCAACAAAGCCCGCAAAGCAAACAUCCAAGUCAUCCAUGUCGUGACCGCAUUCCGACCAGGCUACCCAGAGAACAACCCAAACAACUCAUCUGUUCCUGCUGUUGUUGCACGCGGCGAAUACCUCGAGGGCGACGACUCGGUCCAAGUGCACCCACUGAUUGCACCAAUCAACAACGAAGUCACUCUCACCAAGUGUCGGGUCUCUGCGUUCUUCUCUACGGAAUUGGAUAUGCUACUGCGUUGUGCCAAGGCGGAGACUAUCGUUGUUGCUGGCCUGAUUACUAGUGGCGCGGUAUUAUCGACUGUGCGUCAGGCUAUGGAUUUGGAUUACCGUACCACGAUCCUGGAGGACUGUUGCAUGGAUCGGGAUGAGGAGGUUCACCGGGUUUUGAUGGAGAAGGUGUUUGCGCGGAAGGCUGAGAUUGUUUCUGGGGAGGAAUGGGCCAAUGGUCUUGCGAAAUAG